AGCCCGCCCCCGCUCCUCGUGACGUCCUUUCCGGUCUGACCUGACAACAUGGACGCCAGCCGCGUGCAGCCGAUCAAGCUCGCAAGAGUUACCAAGGUGCUCGGGAGAACUGGUUCCCAGGGACAAUGUACACAGGUCCGUGUUGAGUUCAUGGACGACAGUAACCGCUCCAUCAUCAGGAACGUGAAGGGCCCAGUCAGAGAAGGAGAUGUGCUGACACUCCUGGAGUCUGAAAGAGAGGCCAGGAGGCUGCGAUAGUGCGAUGAGGCUGAGGUGCCAAUCCCACGCUGUGGAGGAGCGGAUGCCAUCAGUUUCACCUGCAGCAACCUCAUUCUCACCUGUUCAGAUGUUUUGAAAUAAAUUUGGAUGUUGAGAUGA